AUGAUUUUGUUCAUCUUCUUGAUUUCCCCAUUAUUUGGCUACCUAGUAAAAUAAUGUUUUAUAUAUCCACAAGACCCAAAUAUUUGUAUAGAACAAACUUAAGAUUAUUCUUGUAAAUAAUUUGAUUAUAUUAGGUGCCUUUAAUCUAUAAUAAAAAGCUUGCAUUUUCUUUAAGGAUACUAAUUCUGGAUGUGCUUUAAACUUAAAUAAAAGGGCUUGCCUACAAUAAUUGACAGAUUAAAAAGGAAAAGAAAGUUUAUGUUUAGAAUUAUUUUAUAUAUUUAGGUAUUUUUGAUACCAGAUGUAAGAAUGCUUCAAAAACUUCUUUAUCUAAAUUAGGUUGUUCUGAAAUGUUGAGCAAAUAUGCUUGUAUGAAUGUGAAAAAUAAAAAAUGUCUUUGGGAUUCCACUUGUUAGGAAAUUACAAAAAAAUAAAGUAAUGAUUUAGAUUGUGAAAAACAAUAUGAAGUAUCUGUUACACCUUUGGCUUGCUCGAUUCUAUAAAAUUUGAAAUGUAUCAUAUUAUUUUUAAUUAUUAUAGGUAUGAAUGAUGGCUUUGAAAAAGAUUACUAAUGUAGAACAGUAAAACAAGAAGAAUAUUUUCAAUUGAAAUGCUCAUAGUUGGGCUUAACCGAGAUGGCUUGUUUAUUAAUAGAAACAAGUGGUGAAUAAUGUAUUUUAAAAUUUUAUUUAGGUAUUUAUAAAAAUAAUAUUUGCUAAUCAGUUUAAAAAAAUGAAAUUUAAAAUUGCAACUAAAAAAUAAAUAGGUUGGCUUGUCUUUCAAUAGAUAAUCUUAAUUUAAGAUGUUUUUGGAAUAAUAAUAAAUGUGAAGAUUUUAAAUUAUCAAACCAAGUUUUAAAAAUUGUGGAAAAUGUUAAUAUCAAUGUUUGUGCUAAACUUAAUGGGUCAUAUGAAUAUAUAAAAGAAAAAUAAUAAUGUGUUAGUAUUAGUGAGGAUAAAAUUGAAAAGUUAAACUGUAACACACUUGGAGUAUCAAAAAAAGUUUGUCUAGGAAUUAAGUCCUAAAAUUGUUCUUUUUAUUAAGGUUAUUGUUAGGAAUUAAAUGAAGAAGAUCUUGAAACAUAUUAAUGUAAUAUGGAAUUGAAUGAAAUGGCAUGUGCAAAUCUUAAAACUCUAUAUCAAGAUUGUUAAUGGAAUGGCGAUUCUUGUGAGAGAAUAUUUAUGAAUUAAGAUAUUGAUUGUCCAUUGAAAUUAGAGGAUGAAUCUAUAAAAGUAAAUGGAAAUGUUUGUUAAGCCAUAUCAAAAUCAGAUGUUAUAUGUAAAUAUAAUUCAAAAACUAAUUUAUGUAUUGCUAGUUCUAUUAAUGAUUCAUGUAAUACUCCAUUUAUAAAUUUAUUGGGUUGUGUAAGUAUCUAAAAUAAUAAAUAAUAAUGUUAAUGGACUAAUAAUGGUUGUGUGUAUGCAAAUAUUGAAUUGGGUAAAACAACUUGUGAAAGUUUAGGACAUGCAAAUCCAUUUUCUUGUUCUUAAGUCUAUGAAAAUGAUUAAAUAGGUUGUUAUUAUGAUAAAAAUUUACACAAAUGUGUUUCAAUCAAAGUUGAUGAAGAUGAUAAUUAAAUUAAAACAUUCUUAAAUACAAUAAGUUGUAAAGAUUUGUCUUUAGGAAUAAAUAAAGUUUUAUGUGCUUCUAUUACUACUGAAUAAACUCCAUGUAGAUGGUUUUAGGAAUAAUGUUCAUUUGUAAUUGAUAAAAACAUUAACAAAGUUUCUUGUUAAUUUCUUGAUUAUGCUAAUUAUUAAGUAUGUGCUCUAGUUUAAUAUGAAAAAGCUUAUUGUGCUUAUUCUUCAUAGUUUAAAGGAUGCUAUGAAUUUACUCAAAAUGAAAAUUCAAAAUGUGAUAUUAAAGGUUUAAAUUAAUAUGCUUGUUCAUUAAUUGAUUAAAAUUGCUACUUUGAGAAUAAUGAAUGUAAAAAUGCUUAAUUAAAUUCUUAAAAAUUGAAGUGCAAUUCUGAUUCGCCUUCAAAAAAGGUUUGUUUAUCUAUAAAAACUGAUGGCCAAUUAUGUAGAUGGUCUGAUAGACAUCUUCGAUGUACUAAUGUAUCUGUAAAUAAAAAUUAAUCUUGUUUAGAAUUUAUAAAUGUAAAUAGACAUACUUGCGAAGAAGUUGAAAUGGAAUUUCCAGAUUAUGAUCCCAAUAAUCCUAAUAAGGAUUUAAAUAGGGGUUAUUGUAUAUAUGAUGAAUAGGAAAAUAAAUGUAAAACUUUAGACGAAACAUUUAGUUGUACAACAAAAUGUUGUACAGAAGUUGGAGGAAUUAAUACUCAUUCAUGCAGCAGAUAUUCAAGCACUUAGAUUGGAGAUUAUUGUUUUUUUAAAAAUGGCAAAUGCUAAGAAUUAACUAUCAAUUUAGUAGAUAUAACAAAUCCUAAAUAAGUAGAAAAUUAUUAUAAUGAAUUGAAAUUACCAUGUUCAUCUAUGACAAAGAACUCUUGUCAUAUGAUUAGUUGGUCAUUUAGAGAAAGAUGUAUUUAUGAAGGAAAAAUAUGUAAUAAAUUUGAACAAAAAUAUUACCCUGAUCUGUAAUUACUGGUCAUGGAACCUUAUAUUUUAAAUAAAUACGCAUGUUUAUCUGUGGAAGCAACAUUAUCAUAAACAAAUCAAGUUAAAUACUUAAUUUAUGAUGAGGAAAAUAAAAGAUGCAAAAAAAUAAAUGAAUAAUAAUAUAAUAGUUGUGAAGAGGCUUAAGGAAAUAGGAAUGUAUGUUUGGGACAUACUUAAAAUUUAAAUUGUAAAUGGAAUUAUGAUAAUUUAAAGUGUGUUACUAUUUCUCAAAAUGAAUUAGAAGAAAUGAAAACUUGUGAUCUCAGUUAAAAUAUAAAGGCUUGCAAUGAGAAUAAGUAUUUAAAUUGCUAUUUUGAUACUGAUUCUGAUAUAUGUAUAAAAGCUUCUCCAGAUUUAAAUUGUGGUUAAUUAAAAAAUAUAAGUCAAUUAGUAUGCAAAAAUUUAACAAAAGAACCUUGUCAAUAUGAUACUAAAACAUCAAGAUGUAAUAUGGUUUAAAAUCUACAUAGCGAAUGUGAUUAAUUGGGUAUCAAUAACAAAGCGUGUUAUAAACUUUCUGAGAAAGAUUGUAGGUGGAAUUCAUAAAGAUUGGUUUGUUAUCAAAAUUAAUAGGCAAUUAGUGAAUUAGGUUGUUUGGAUAAUUUAAAUAAAAAUCUUUGUUUGAAAAUAACAAAAGAACCUUGUUUUUGGAAUAAUAAUACCAGUCAAUGUGAAAGAUUUUUCUAAAUUACUCAUACAUAGUUUUUGGCUUAUGAUUCAGACAAUAAAUACAAUUAAUUAGCUUGUUUAGAAAUAAAUGAAGAAGGUUAUCGUUAUAAAGAAGAUAAAUAAAAUUGUUAAUAGAUCGAAGAAUACAAUUUACCUUGUUCCGAAUUAAACAUGAACAAAUAUGCAUGUCUAUUUUAAACUAGAGGAUCAAAAUGCUAUUAUGAAAAUGGUUAAUGCAAACCUUACACAUUUGAUUUAACUGAUUGUAAUUCUGACUUUGAUAUAAGUAUUGAAGUAUGUCUGGAUAUACCUAAAAAAUGUUUUUUUAAUAUAAACAAUUUAAAAUGUGAAAAUGCAAUAAUUCAUUCAACUACAGGAUGUUAAUCUUUAUUUGUAUCACCAUUUGAUUAAUUGGAUGAUAAAUAUCCAGAUGGGAUAUCAAAACAAAAAUAAAAUAAUAAAGAAAAGAGAUAUUAUAACAAGUUAUCUUGUUCUUCUAUUAGUAUGGAUCUGAAGUUAGACUAUGGAGAUGGAUAAUGUUAUAUGGAUUCUGAUAAUUCGUAAUAAUGUAAUUCAUAAAAAUAUUGUUUUUGGAAUAUCGCUACAUAUAAUUGCAAUGUGUAUAUUUUAAUAAAUUCUUUUUUCGAUUAGAUAAAUCAUGUUCAAAAUAAUUAAACUAUUUGGGUUGAUAAUGAUACUAAAGAAUUAGAAUAUGUUGAUGAUAAAAAUUUAAAUUGUUUAAAAUAAAUAGAUAGCAAUGAAUCCAAAAGUCAGAUCUUAACCAAAAGAUGCAAAUUUACAAAUCUGCCUUGUGAUGGAAGUUUGUAGUGUUCAUCAUUUACAAAUAAAACAUUUUCCGAAAUAAAAAAUAUAACAGAAUUAUUUGAAUAAAUAAAUAAUUAAACAAAAUAUGAUGAUGAAUGCGUUCAAUAUUGUUAACCUGAAAAUUAGGAUUGUGAAACAAAUAAAAAUUUAACGCUUACAUUUGAGAACAAGAAAAUAAAAAUUUGUUUUUCUAAACCUUUCUAUUUGAAAAAACCUUAAUGUUAUUUAAUUUAGAAUACAAUUAAGAAAUGUGAUAAUAUAUACUCUAAAGCAAUUUGUUUGGAAAUAAUUGAAGAAAGAUGUUAUUUUGAUGAAAAAUAAGGAGGAUGUCGAUAAUUAAAAGGUAAUGAACAUAAAGUGCCUAACUGUUUAGCAAUUUGGAAAGAGUGUAAUAAUAGUUAUUCUAAACAAGCGAUUUGUUAAUUAUAAGAAAGAGAUAAAUAAAAUUAAUGCACAACCUAUAUUGAAAAAGAAAAAAUAUGCAUAAAAAAAAAUAAUUCUUUAUUUUAAGAUAAAAUUUAUUAUUGUUCUGAUAUUAAAUAAGAGGAUGCUUAACCAAUUAUAUGUGCUAAUGCAUCAGAUGAAUGUAGAUAUGACGGCAUAAAAUGUACAAGUGAGAUUGAAAGUGAACUUGAAUGUGAUAGAAGUUUUAGUGAAUCUCUAUGUACUAAAUCUAAAUGCAAUUUUGAGUAUUUAGGAUAUUGUUAAUAACAAAGAUUACCUCCAAUUACAGAUGAUGAAAAGUACAAGUAAUAUCUUUGUUAUGAAGUUAAUUUAUUGGAUACUAUAAAUAAAUAAGAUGUAUGUACUCAAGUUAAUUAAGCUUGUAUAUUUUAAAAAAAUAUUUGCGAAUAUGUCACUCAUUUAAAAAAAUGCGAGGAUCUAAUUAAUAUUAUUUCAUCUUAAGUAGCAUGCUUGAGAUGCAAAGAUUUACCAAUGAUUUAUAAUAAAGAAGAUAAAAAAUGUUUAAAAUUUGAUCAAAAUAAUUAGGAAAAUUAAGAAUGUGAGAAUUUAAAUUAUUUAGCUUGUAGACUUAUCAUUACGACUAAUUGUUUAUGGAAAGAUGAUAAGUGUUAGAAGCUUAAAAAUUCAGAGGAAACAGUAGAUUGUAAGCUUUUAAAUAUUAAUUACUGUAUUAAAGAAAGAAAUGAUAUAUAAGAUUUAUGCUGGUUUAAUUAAGUUACUUAAAUUUGUGAAAAAUAUAACCCUUUUAAAGGAAGCUGCGAUUCACUUAAAAAUGAAUCAACUUGCAAGUUAUCUAUGGUUUAAUCAUGCUUUUGGGAUGGUAAUAAAUGUUAAAUUCAAUUGCCUUAAUCAAAAUGUGAAAAUUUAAACAAAUUUGGAUGCUUAAAUCAAUAGGAUAUACCAUGUGUUUGGUCUGAUAAAAAUCGAACAUGUUAACAACCUUAAUUCCUUGAAAGUAGUAAUAGUUGUACUCAAUUUUUAUAAAACAAUUAAUAAGAUUUUGUGUCUCAUAUGAAUGGGUAAACUUGUACAUAAAUCAAUGUUGAAUCAAGUUGCAUAUUAGGUUAAAAUUACUUCUGUAGAGAAAUUGUAGAACCAAUUGAAUAUAAAUGCGAAACAUAAGGUUUAAAUAAAUAGGCUUGCUUAAUGAAAACUAGUAAUUUUUGCGUUUUUCAAGAUAAUAAGUGCAAGACUCUUUUAAUUAAUGAUGAUGGUGAAGGCUGUAAGAAUAAUUUAAACAAAUUGGCCUGUUUAAAUUAAAAGGAAAAGUGUUAAUAUAAGAAUAAUAAAUGUGAAUCUUUUAAGGUCACAACUUAUAAUGACUUAUUUCCAUCAGAUGAUACAUAAUAUUCCAACUAAUUAUGUAAAUCCUUAGAUUCUACUAUGACAUAUAGUUUAAUAUAUUCUUAAUAACAAAAUAGAUGUAUGGAAGUAAUAGAACGUACUAUUACUAAUUGUGGAACUUAAGGGAUCAAUAAAUUUGCAUGUUUAUCUAAAACUUUAGGUUUAUGUAAAUAUAUUAAUGAACAAUGUUAAAAUAUAUAAAUACAAGAGAUUGAAAAAUGUGAUGACACUUUAAAUUAGAUAGCCUGUCUUGCUAAUCAUAAAAUUUAGUGCAAAUUUGAGAAUUUAAAAUGUUCACCUUUAUCAAAUUAAGAUUCUUGUAGUAGUUUAUAACAAGAAAAGUCUAAUAUAAAUUUUAUAGUUUGUUCAAAAACAUAAGACACGUCUUGCAAAUAUAAUAGUAGUAAAUAAACUUGUGAGGUUGUCAAUUAAGAUCAAGUUGAAAUGUGUUCAACUCUUGGUUUAAAUGAAAAAGCUUGUAUUUUUAAUACAUCUGAUUCAAGAUGCAAAUUUGAUUAAGAUGAAUGUAAAUUUGAUUAAGGAAUAGCAGAAUGUACAGACAAGAUUAAUAAAAAUAAAUGUUUAAAUUUACAAGGAAAAUAUUGUUAUUUUGAUAAAUCUGAUGGAUGCAAAGAGAUUGACUCAACUAUUGAUACAAAAAACUGCGUAUCUGAAAUAGAAAAAAGUGCAUUUACUUGUUCUAAAGCAAUAGAUAAUCCCUGUUUUUUUAAUGAAUCGAUUUAAAAAUGUGGAUUAGCUUAAUUGAAUGAUGAAAAGUUUUUUUAGUAAAAUAAAUUGUCUUUUAAUCGAAGUGCUUGUUUGCAAUUUAAAGACGCAAAAACUUAUUGGAAAGAUGAUGAUCAAGUUUGCUAAGAAGUAACAGAGGAAUUACUUAACAAAUUAAAAUGCAAUGAUUAACUUAACAAAAAUGCUUGUUUAAGUCUUAAGACUCAAUCUUAACUUUGUUAAUUUAUAAAUGAAAAAUGUUAAACUUAUGAUUAAGAUAAAAAAGAAGAGUGUCAAAAUAUUAAUGAAAUAAAUAAUGGGAUACUUUGUUCUUUGAAUGAGAUUGGUGAUUAAAAUUGCAGGUAUAAUUCCUAAAAAUAUAAGUGUGAAUUAUUUUAGUUAACAUAAGAUGAAAAAAAUUUAAGUUGUGAAGAAAAAGCACAAUAAUUUUAUAAUAAAAAAGCUUGUGAAAUAAACUAAAACUGUAUAUUUUUAGAUAAAUGUUAAUAAUAAGAUCCCAAUAAAAUUUAUUAUUGUUCUAAAGCUAAUAACGUUGAUUAAUGUAAAAAAGUACUUUAGUAAGGGUGUUUUUUAUUAAAUCCAUAAAAGUGCUCAAUAAUAACAACUGAAUUAUCUUAAAAUCUAUAAUGUUCUUAAGUGUAAAAUAAAGUCGGUUGUAUUUAAUUAUAAACAUAAGAAUAGAAUUGUAGAUACUAUGAUGAUAAAUGUAAUAAUGAAAACAUUGAAGAAUAUAAAUAUAAAAAAUGUUUAGAAAUUACAUGGAUAAAUAAUUAUAAAUUUUGUGAAUAAACCUAAGAUAUUCCAUGUGUAUUCGAUCCAACAAUUAAUUCUUGUAUUUAAGCCAAAUAAGUAUCUCAAGAUUUAACUUGUCCAAGAGGAUUAAAUAGAAAAGCUUGUAUUCCUUUAAAUUCAAAAAGUAAUUUAUGUUAAUUCUUUAAAUAUUGUUAUGGUAAUAAUUCUGAAAUAUUGAAUUGCCCAUCUAAUGAAAGCGAAUGUUGCUAAAAAGCAGUAACAAAGGAAUCUUGUUUAUUUUAAACUAAAUUUAAAUGUUAAUGGAAUAAUAAUAGUUGUAUAUAAUAUAGAGAAUAAUAUUCUGUAUGUAAUUCUAUUUCUAAUGCUUCAAGAAAUGUAUGUUAUUCACUUUUGGAUAAAUUCUGUAUUUUCGAUGAAAUUAAUCAUAAAUGUAAAGAAAUUGUUCCAGAAUAUUGUGAUUAAGUUUAGAAUCCUUAAUAAUGUAGUAGAAUUCCUAUAAUUCCAUGCUAUUGGAAUGAAGAUGAAUGUUAAUUUAAAGAAAAAAAUGAAACAGAUACUUGUUCAAGUAUUACUAAUACAUUUGGUAACUAAUAAGCAUGCAUCUAAGUUGAAAAAAAUGGAUAAAUGUGUGCUUUUAUUGAUUAACAAUGUUAAACAUUUAAAGAAAUCAAAGAUGGCGACAAUUGUCUUAAUAAUAUUAAUAGAAAUGCUUGUUUGAAUUAAAGAUAGUCAGAAUGUUAUUGGGAUUCAAAAUUACUAAAUAGGAAAAAAAACAUUUACAGCAAUGAAAUUUCGAUAGAAAUAGGCAUUUGUUAAAAAUAUAUACCAUUAGUGGAAAAUGAAGAUUAAAAGAAUUUUAGUUUAGUAUCUUGCUUAAAAUCAAGAAAAAAAGGAGCAUAUUUUAUAUGGUUGGAUGGAAAAUGUUAGAAUAUUAAAUCUGAAAAUUUGAAAUUUUAAGAUGUCUCUAAAUAUGUAAAUGUCAACAGUAAUAUUUGUACGGUGAUAACUGAUGUCCCUGUAAUUUAUGAUUAAAAAUUAUAAAAAUGUAUUGAAAUUAAAGGGACAGAAGUUGUUUGUAGUUAUCCUCCAAAUCCUGGUGUAAAUAAAAAGGCUUGUUAGUAAUCAAAAGAUUGUAAAUGGAAUGAUGAUGAAAAAACUUGUUUAAUAUUUGAUUAUUAGCUACCUCAUCCUAAAGAUAAUAAUGGUAUUCGUAAUAAAGAAUCAAAUGAAUAAACUUGUUAGAAAGAUGGUAUAAAUCCUAUUCACUGUACUCAAAUUUACUUAGAAUUACCUUGUGGAGGUACAAAAGAAGGUUGUGAUUAUGUUGAUUUAAAUAAAGUGAAAUGUGAUCAUAUAGGAUUAAAUAAAUAUGCAUGUAUCAAUAUAAAGACUUCACCAUGUAUUUGGACCUAAAAUGAAGAUGAUAGUUUUUAUCAUUGUGAAGAAAGAAUACCAGAUGAAUAGUGUGAAGAAUAUAAUCAAAUUGUUAAUGCUGUUUUAUGUAGUAUGGUAGAAUACAACCAACCUUGUGCUUAUGAUUCUCUUAUGAAUACUUGUAAGAAACCUAAUGAAAAUAAUGAAAAUUGUGAUGUAUUAGGAAUCAAUGCUUAUGGAUGUAUGCAAAUUAAAAAUUGUUUUUUUUAAGAUUACAAAUGUAAAUUAUUUGAUUAAAAUUUAAAUUUAUCGUGCAAAGAUGCAUAGUUUGCUAAUAAAUUUGUUUGUUCAUAAAUUAGAAAUGGCGGAUGUAAAUAUGAUUAAUUAUAAUCUGGAUGUGUUGAAUCUUAAUUUGAUGACUUAUGUUCUACACCAUAAAUUAAUAUUAAUGGAUGCAAUUAAAUUGAGGAAUGUCAAUGGAAAGAUCAUCAAUGCUAAUGUAUAAAAGUCUUACAAAAAUUUUAAGAUUGUUCAGUGUAUAAAGAUUUUUAGAGCUGUAAUAAUUCUAGUAAAUGUUAUUUUGAUUUUUCAUUCUUUCAACAAAAUAAUUAAGGAGUUUGUAAAGAUUUGGAUUGUAGCGAUUUAUAAGAAUGUGACAUUUAAGUAGAGAAUGGAAAAGUUUGUUAUAAAAAUUAAAAAGGGUAAUGCAUUGAAGCUAAUUCAUGCAAUGAAAUUUAAAAUUAUAAUUAGGAUUGCUCCAAAUAUUCUUUUAACAAUAAAAAAUGUAUAAAUGAUGGAAAUAAAGGUUGUAUUCAAUUUGAAAUGUGUGAGAAAUUGAAUAGAAUAGAAUGUAAAAGAUAGAAUUCUAAUUGUGUUUUAUUAAACUCUUGUGUAACCAAAAGAUGUUAUCACAUUAAGGAUUAAACUACUUGUGUUAAUUUUAAUUGUUCAUGGAUUAAAAACUAAUGCGUAGAGCCAAUAAACUGUUCUGAACUUUAUUCUGAAAAGGAUUGCAAUAUUAAUAUAUAUAAUGAUAGAUAAUGUUCAUGGCAUUAAUUAAAAAAUGAUGAAACAGAUAUUUCAUUUUGUACUUCUAAUGGUUGCAAUUAUUUAUAAAAAAAUGUUUAUUGCCAUGGUACCUAAAUAAAUUAUACAGUUUGCAUUUAAAUGAAUAGUUUAAUAUGCUUAUCAUGUGAAUAAAUUUCUGAUGCUUGUGAAUGCAUGGAAAAAAAUGAAUAUUGUUUCUAUGAUACAUAAAAAAAUAAAUGCAGCUCUUUAUCAUGUGAAGGUUAUAAUAAAGAAACAUGCCCUGAGAAGCGUUGCUUUUUUAAUUAAAUAAAUGAAGUAUAUUAUUAUUUAAUUAUUAGACUUGCCUUCCUCAAUGUUAAUUUAGAUAUAAUGAAAAAUAGUGCUCAUUAUUUAACAAAUGUUUUUGGGAUGAGUAAUUAACACCCCCAUGUUAAGAAAAAGAUUUUGACGUAGACUAGGAGGAAUAAGAUCCUAAUUUCCCAUAAUCAGGUUUGUUAUUACAAAUUUCAUUGUUUUAUUUUGCCAUAAUUUUGAUUUGA